CUGCUGCCAGCGUAUGAGUGCCGAUAUCGUGGCUGCUUCGAGGCUCACGAGUCGGGACGCCCGAGGAACGGCGGAGGGGCAGCGCGGCCUGAUCCCGGCGCGGACUCUGGAGGGAGUCACAUCCGGCGGAGGCGGGGCUCGCGGAUCCCGGAAGUGCGGGCGGCGGCUGAUUGCCUGCGGUGGCGGCGGCCGCGGCAGGCUGCCCCUGAACUUUCCCUCAGGCCAGGCUGUGACUUGUCACACAGAUGACAGAUGGACGAUCUUUGGGACAGUGACAAGGGAGGACAACUGACUCCAGCUCUGUCAGCAACCUGUGUGGGGAAGAUGGAGGGGCUGAAAGACAAGACCCUGCAGGAGCUGGAGGAGAUGCAGAAUGACCCAGAAGCCAUUGCCCGGCUGGCCCUGGAGUCUCCUGAGGUUCAGGACCUGCAGUUAGAACGAGAGAUGGCACUAGCCACCAACCGAAGCCUGGCAGAGCAGAACUUGGAGUUCCAGGGUCCCCUGGAAAUCAGUCGCUCAAACCUUUCAGACAAAUACCAGGAGCUGCGGAAGCUUGUGGAGCGGUGCCAGGAACAGAAAGCCAAGCUGGAGAAAUUUUCCUCAGCGCUGCAGCCCGCGACCUUGCUGGACCUUCUGCAGAUCGAAGGCAUGAAGAUCGAGGAGGAAUCUGAGGCCAUGGCUGAGAAGUUCCUGGAGGGUGAGGUGCCCUUGGAAACGUUCUUAGAGUCCUUUUCCUCCAUGAGGACACUGCUGCACCUGCGUCGAGUUCGUGUAGAGAAGCUUCAGGAGGUGGUGAGGCGGCCCCGCGCUUUGCCAGAGUUGGCUGGAGAUGCUCCUCCACCUCGUCCUCCGCCUCCACGCCCAGUGCCCCAAGCAACGCCCCCUGUGACUGAAGAACAGCUUCCACAGCCCUCUGUUGUGACUCCCUACCCUUUGCCCUACAGCCCAUCCCCAGGCCUGCCUGUGGGCCCUACAGCCCAGGGAGCCCUGCAGCCAGCCCCCUUCCCUGUGGUGGCCCAGCCUUCCUCCUAUGGUAGGCCCGGGGGUCCUUCAUACCCACCACCUCAGCCAGGACCCAGGGCUGCCAUGGGCUACUCUUGGCCUCCACAGAGGAGUGUGCCACCCCGACCUGGCUAUCCUGUGGCCCCAGCUAGCACUUCUGGUCCAGGAUACCCCUUAGUGGGAAGCCUAGCCCCUGCUGCUGGGUAUCCCCAGCAGUCCCCCUACCUCCCAUCACAAAGCAAACCUCCCUACCCAACACAGCCUCAGCCCCCUGGCUUCCCAGGACAGCCACAGCCUCCAGUGCCCCCUCAACCUCCAUAUCCUUCUGGGCCAACCCCUCCCUAUGGCUUUCAUCCCCCAGGACCUGCCUGGCCUAGAUACUAACCCUGGUCCCUGUCACCUUCCUUCCAUCUGCAUCAUAGUCUCUGGCCUCCAUCUGCUGAGAUUCGAGGUUGACACUAGGAGUGGGGCUGAUGCUCCCUGCAGAGUUGGGAACACAGGCCCCCUAAAAGGUCCUGGACAGUGCAGCAUGGGUCCUUCUGGGAGCUCCUUCUGCCAGGGACCAGCUCAGCACAUCCUGAGGUAGCCUAGUGGGAGCACAGGGCUCUCCAGUGUUUGCACGAGCAAGUGUGUUUAUGUCUGUGCACAGCUAGCUUGCUCCCUGUCGUCCGAACCAGUGCAGAGUGACUGUGGCGAUAGACAGGAUCUCCCUUGGAACUUGGCAUGUGAGGUCAAAUGCUGAGAGACACAGCUCUGUCCAUUUGAGGAUGGUCUAUCUCAUUUACCACAGCCGGGUCAAAGGAAGUCACAGGAAAAAACAGGGACUUUGAGUCUUAAAAGCCAUAAUUUAGUUGCUGUGCCAGUGUCAGGCAAGGGUGUUCUGUGUGCUGGUGGAGCCACAGCAGCAGCACUGCUUAUGGUGAGAGAGCAGGGGAACGCCAAGGGAAACCCAGGCUCACUUGCAUGGUUGGAUGUCCCUGGGUCACUCUGGAGCCCCUGGCUGGAGUGGAGGACCCGGGUUACCUCUCAGCCGCCUUUCUCUCCUUGGGGCCCUCCACUUCUGGCUGACUUUUUCUGAGGUGUACCCACCCGUCCCUCCAUUCCUUUAGUGCCUUGAACUUCGUUUGUUAGCAGCCCCCCUAUCCUCAUGUGAUUCCUUCCUGCCCCCAGUGUCCCUGCAAGACAGAUAACAGACCUGCCCUCACGGAACAUCCCAAUGGUGCUCCCAGACAUCAUCACUACAUUGGGGUCGGUUUCUCUACACUCUCUCAUCUCCAGAAUGUAAAACGCAGGGAUUGUGAACGCAGCCCCAGCGCUUGGUGGGGCCAAAGCCUGCUUAGUAAUAAAAGUGACUGACCACACUAUACCAAAGGGGUUGCAGCAGGUGAUGCAUCGGUAUGACUGGUCCAAAUGUGAACCAGGUCUCAGGGUGGACCCUGGAGCUACCACGUGGUAGGAAGUUGUAUGUGCCUUGAAACAUCCCCUGCCCGGGUACCCAGCCUCUGGUGGGUCAAGGUGCUGGGGGUCAGGAGGAACCCCAUCUUCUGGUGCCCACAGGCCGCUACCCACGGGUGCAUUUCCAACUCUGCUUGCUUCUCCUAAGAUAUUUAUAAAAAGGAAUCACUAAUGGAGCCUGUGGUCAACUGCUGCUGAACUGGAUGAAUGACUGCCUAUUUGUUUGUGUAAUUGCCAUAAUAAAUGUUGAUGAGUUC